UUUUAGUUUAUUACGAGGUAACUAUUCGAAAACAGCAAAUAUGUCAACGAAUCACGACAACUGCAACUCUGAUGAGCUAGAAGCUCCAAAAUGGCUAGACGCGCAAUUCUUCAUGAAAAUAUUAAAUAGUUAUUUAAAGAAACCAGAGUUAAAAGUGCUCGACCUCAAGUUGUCUCCCGCCAGUGCCAAGGGCGAUCACUAUGCCAGUAUCAUGUUUCGAGCUGAAAUUGUCUACACAACUCAAACUACAGAAAAGUCUACUGUAAAUCUAAUCAUCAAGACAAUUCCUGAAGAGCAGGGUCACAAAAAAGACUUGUUGGACAAUUCCCAUGUCUUUCCAACUGAGAUUGCUAUGUACACGGAAAUACUGCCAAAGUUUGAGAAGAUACUUCGAGAGGCGGGCGAUAAAACAACACUCUACGCGCCCUGCGUUUAUCACAGCUUGGAACCGCGUCAAGUGAUCGUGUUUGAGGAUCUGGUCGCAAAGGGUUACGCCGUUAUCAGAAACAGACCAGCGACCAUAGAGGAGUUAAAAUAUGCACUGGAAAAGCUUGGCAAGUGGCAUGCUGUCAGUCAUAAAAUAAUAAAGGAUCAGCCCGAAUUAUUUGAAAAGCUACAAUACGAUGUGACCACAUUGCCGAAUAUAUUGAAAGAGGAUUUCAUGACGUCAGCUCUGUCGGUCUUCAUAAACAUGCUGGAAAAUGUGCAAAGUUUAAGACCUUAUAAAAAAUACUUUGAAUUGAUGGAGGGAAAAUUAGUUAAUCGCUGGGUAGACGUUAUUCGAGAAUAUCGAGAAAAUCGCCAAGAAAAUGGAUACUAUGUGCUCUGCCACGGCGAUUUUCAUCUAAGGAACAUGAUGUUCAAGGGCCCUGACUGCAUGCUUCUAGACUUUCAAAUGUCCUAUGUGGGAUCUAUGGCUAAUGAUAUUAUUUAUGCCAUUUAUAUGCUUUUCGACACGGAUAAACUUGGAGAUCAAUGCAAUGAACUCAUCUAUCAUUAUUUUAAAACCUUCGUCGAUACCCUCAAAAUUAUUGACUUUAAAGGAAAGCUCCCAAGUUUGAUCGAGUUCCGACAACAGAUUUUUGAUAAAAGAUACAAUGACUUUCUUUUAAUGACCACUCUGAUGCCCACCAUCAUGUUUAUGCGAAAAGGAGAAGAUGCUGCAGUGUUACUAGAGGGUGAGGAACAGAGAAGCAAAUUGCUCUAUCAAAAAUAUUUUCAAGCUGAAUUGGAAUAUCUAUUGCCAAGAAUGCUUCAUCUAGGUUACUUUGAUCAGCUCUAAAAAUAAUUCAUAUAGAAUAUGUUACAAAAUUUGCAUAAAUACCUUUAAAAUAAUUAAAUAAAAUUUGCAUACUUGUAUUACUAGUAUUUGUAGCUCCAUAUGUGUUGUUUUCACGAUAUCUUAUCUUUUAGAAAGCAAUUCAACUUUGUUAUUAUCUUAG